GCCCAGACUGAAAACGAGAAGGAAAUCCUCACAAUACCCUGCCAUGCAUAGGCUACUUGCAUAAUUCUUUUCACGUGUCAGGGGGAGUGGAGACAGAGGUAGAUACUUUCACUGCUCGCACGCUGGAACACUUUGAAGUACAGCGGCCAGGAUGUUCCCGCAGCUCCAGACUUGUUCCCAGCAGAAAUCCGCACGAUGAUGAUGAUGACCAUGAGCAUGUCGCAUCUACUGACUUAUUUCAAUGUGCAGAACUGGACCUGUUCAUGUGUCUCUAGGAUCGGAAAACAGACUUGAAUGGGGAAUGUUGGGACGGUGUCUGCGGUAGAUUUAUUAAAUGCAGAGUCACUGGCUGGGCCUCACAUCUGCAGAAGGAAUUCCAUGAGCAUUGAGUGUGGCGGCAGAGACGUGUAACGUGUGUUUGGGACUGGCUGCAGGGCUUUUGGAGUUUUGGAGGGGAGAUAUUAGCAGUGGGAAGGACGUAUUCCAUGGCUCAGGAAAAGAAGAAAGGAGGUGUCCUUCCUCCAGACGGUGGGUGGGGAUGGAUGAUCGUAGCUGGCUGCUUUGUGGUCACUGUUUGCACUCGAGCUGUCACAAGAUGCAUCUCCAUAUUCUUCGUUGAAUUUCAAAUGCACUUUGCAAGAGAUUACUCUGGGACGGCAUGGAUUCAUUCGUUAGUGGACUGCACAACCAUGCUUUGUGCUCCACUUGGAAGCCUGAUCGGGAAUCGGUUGUCAUGUCGCAUAGCUGUAAUACUAGGAGGAUUCCUGGCCUCCAUAGGACUAGUUCUCAGCUCAUUUGCAACCAGUCUGGAAUACCUUUACCUUACCCUGGGAGUGUUAACUGGUCUUGGCUUUGCUCUUUGUUAUACUCCGGCUAUUGCCAUGGUUGGAGUGUAUUUCUGUGAGAGGAAGGCUUUGGCCUAUGGCAUUGCCAUGUCUGGCAGUGGCAUUGGGACCUUCGUCCUAGCCCCGGUAGUGCAGCUGCUAAUCGAGCACUACUCAUGGCGGGGGGCCCUCCUCAUUCUGGGUGGCUUUGUGUCUAACCUGUGUGUAUGUGGAGCUCUGUUACGUCCCAUCAUUCUAAAGGAAGAGGAGGCCUGUCCUCUUCCUGUGGACUCAGAAUGUGGUUAUGAUGUUAAACUGCCAGUGGUAAACGGUAUCCAUACGGUGAUGACUGCAGGCGAUAAAUUAAAAGUGGACACCAAACAACGCUGCCUUCAGUCCAUGCAGGAAUACAGCUUCCUGCUCAUGCCUGACUUCCUGGUGCUGGCUGGCUCCUUCUUGCUCCUGGCUAGUGGCUGCAGCCUGCCAUUUGUGUAUCUAGUACCAUACGCACUGGAUGUAGGUGUCAGUCAUCACCAUGCUGCCUUCCUAAUGUCCAUAUUAGGAGUCAUUGACAUCAUUGGGAACAUCACAUUUGGCUGGCUUACUGACAGGAGAUGCCUGAAGAAGUAUAGGAAUAUAUGCUACAUGUUUGCAGUGGGAAUGGAGGGACUAUGUUGUCUGUUUACCCCACUCUUACGCACAUUUAUCUUGCUGGUCCCCUUUUCUGUGCUCUACGGGUACUUUGAUGGAGCCUAUGUUACCCUUAUUCCUGUGGUGACAUCAGAUGUUGUAGGGUCAACUUACCUUUCUUCAGCUCUUGGGAUUGUUUACUUCCUUCAUGCUGUUCCCUAUCUGGUCAGUCCACCCAUUGGAGGUUGGUUGGUAGACACCACAGGGACUUACACAGCGACAUUCUUUCUGAGUGGCUUUGCCCUGAUUGCCAGUUCUCUCCUGCUGUUCUCAGUCGCCAUCAUUCGCUAUUGCCAGAGAAACCAUAAGAACAGCCUGAGCAAAGACCCAAAAUUGGAGCCAUGUAAAGGCAAACAAGUGGACUAUUAUACUCCAAAAAAUAAAGACUUGAUGAUAAUUAUCCCAGCCACUUUGUAGCAUUGGACAGGGGCGUUUUUGCUGUUUAAUUAACAGCAAAAACUGUUUGUGUGUAAAAAUGUUUGUGCCUUUUUACUGUUUCUCUUUUAAAAGCAUUUCAUUCUCAUCUAGAAUGGCAAGUUUUACAAAGGAGUAGCUAAGCUGAUGCACACUGCAUCAAGAUUUAUUUUUAAGUAUUUUCUCCAUGUUUCUCAUACCUCAUGUAUCAACAAGGAGUGUGUUUUCCUUUUGUAAAUAUGUCUGUUUUCUUGUGGACCACAGAAUUACGGAAUUGUAACUCAAGUUGGAGUAAGUUCUGUUUCAAGUCAGGAGAGGGCAGUGUUGAUCCCUAGACUUCUGAGCAGCCUGGGUUGGAUGGAAAGCAAAUCCACCCCUAAUCUGCAAAUGGUUUGUUGUGUGAAAUUAUUGCUCAAAAAUAAUAUGUACAUAUACGUGUAUAAGCAUCUUAUGUCCAUGAGUGGUACCAGUACCAAUUAAAAAAAAAAAAAGAGUUCUUUGUAUCUCCAAAAGGAUCUUGACAGCUCGAAAAUGUUAUUUGUAAAUAUAAAAGGAGGAACCUCUGUAAUCUUUCCCUUGGCUAACUGUACAUUAUAUUUGAUCUAAUAACAUCAGCAAAGAGGUUUUUUAUUUAUUGCCUUUUUUCUGCCACAUCAGGUAGACAUGUGUUGUCUUAAACUAAAGCAGUAAAAUAAAGUUUUCUAAUGCCUAUAAAUUCUAUAACAUCAACUUAAGUGUGUCAAGCAACAUGAUCAGUUUAUGAAGUUAAACAAGCAAAAACAAAAAUGAUUGAUACUUGUUCAUUUACCUGUGCACCUGCCAUUGUAUUAAAGAAUACUAUACUA